AUGGAUGAAUUGAGAAAAUUAAGAAGAACUUAUGCAUAUUAAAAUGCUAUAUAUAGAUUAAAUAAAGUGAAGAAAAAGAUCUUAAAACAUUCUGAAAAGUAAAAAGAUAGAUCUAAUUUGGAAUGGGAUACUACAGAAGAUAGAUACUUCAAUUAAUUUUAAUCCAUUAUAUAUGAAAAAAAAUAAAUGCGAAUGGAUAACUUUCGAAAGUAUAGUAAGACAAAGAUUGUAAUUAAUUACAAACUUAAGAUUAUUGGAUUAAGUAAUCCACAUGUUACUACAAUAUAUUGGAGAAAAUUAGAGAAGAUAUGA